AUGACGGAGGAGUCUGCUGUCAAAGUUUGUGUCAGGGUUCGGCCCUUAAUAGAAAGGGAGGAGAGCGCCGCUGAAACCGCGGAUGCAGUACAAGUAUAUUGGAAAACAGAAAAACAGGCGAUUCAACAAAUUGACGAUGGCAACCUCACCAAGACCUUUAAUUUCGACAGGGUUUUUAGUGCAGAGGAAACAACCAAGCAACUCUACCAAGAAAUUGCUAAACCUCUCGUCGUGUCCACUGUUGAGGGUUACAAUGGGACAAUAUUUGCCUACGGGCAGACUUCGUCUGGAAAAACUUUCACCAUGAUGGGGGAUAAAACAAGUCCUGGAGUCAUACCUCUAGCCAUGGAAGAUGUCUUCCAAACCAUUAAAAAUUGUCCAAAGAAGGAAUUUCUCCUGAGGGUUAGCUACAUGGAGAUUUACAACGAGACUGUUACUGACCUGCUCUGUGACAGCUGGAAGAGGAAGCCACUUGAAAUCCGUGAGGGGAACUAUAAAAAUGUCUACGUUGCUGAUCUGACAGAGGAGUUAGUAACUUCACCCGACCAAGCUCUUGCAUGGAUCCGUAAAGGAGAAAAAAAUCGUCAUUAUGGGAAGACCAAAAUGAACCAGCGGAGUAGUCGUUCUCACACCAUUUUCCGUAUGAUUUUGGAAAGCCGCGAGAGGAGUGACCCUGCGUCGGGUGAGAAUGCAGAUGGAGCUAUUAUUGUGUCCCACUUGAAUUUGGUUGAUCUUGCUGGAGCUGAGCGAGCAAGUCAGACAGGGGCAGAAGGGACACGUUUCAAAGAAGGAUGUAAUAUAAACCGCAGUUUAUUCACCCUGGGACAAGUCAUCAAGAAACUGUCUGAUGAGAGUCAAAAGGGUUUCACAAAUUACAGAGACAGCAAGCUCACUCGUAUCCUCCAGAACUCACUGGGUGGCAAUGCUAAAACGGUCAUUAUCUGUACCAUCACCCCCGCCACCGUAGAAGAAACCCUCAGCACUUUACAGUUUGCUAGUGCAGCAAAACGGAUGAAGAACGAUCCUCAUGUCACAGAGGUCUCUGACGACGGAGCCCUCUUGAGGAGAUACCGAAAUGAAAUCUCUGACCUUAAACGACGUCUGCAUGAGGUGUCCUCAGUCACGCAAACAACUGUGACUGAGAAGGAGACACUGUGUCAGCUUUUGCAAGAAAAGGACCAACUCCAGAGGGAGCAAGAGGAUAGGAUUAGAAACUUGACCAAGCUUUUAGUCACGGCAUCAAAUGUCGUCCAAGUCAAAAAAGUUCCGAAGCGGAGAGUUACCUGGGGUGGAAAGCUCCUCCGAGCUUCUCAGUUUUUGGAAAUGCAUCAUGAGGUGACGGAGCACAGUUUUGUAGCAGAGCCUUCUUUCAAAAAGAGUGCUCUUUUGGAGCAAGGAGAAUACAUGGAAGAAUUUGAUGGUCGUUGGGACAUUCCAGAGGAGCAGACCUUUGAUACGGAAAUGAACCAGAGUAACGUGGCCAUGCGUGGUUCCUCAGACAAUGACUUCCCCUGCUCGCCCCAGCUGAGUGAGCUGUCUGAUAAGGUGGCAUGCCUGGAGCUUCAGCUGGAGUCAGAGAUCCAGCAGAAGCAGGAGGCCAUGGACAGAAACGACUCUCUGGAGAAGAGGGUUGCUGAACUGGAGCAACAACUCCAGGCCUCAACCCAGGACCAGGAGAAGCAGGAGACCAUUGAGAGAAACGACUCUUUGGAGAAGAGGGUUGCUGAACUGGAGGAACAACUCCAGGCCUCAACCCAGGACCAGGAGAAGCAGGAGUGCCGAAAAGACUUGGAGGAGACCAUUCAGUUUUGUGAGACACUUGGUUUUGAACGAGAAAGCAUUGCUGCGGAGCGUGACUUACUCAAGCAGAGUCUUGAACUAUUGACUGAGCAGAUUGAAAAACUGAAACAUGACAGUGAAGUUCUUCAAAAAGAGAUUGAUGAGAGGAAAGACAUGGAAGAGUUUAAAUCACUGGAAGAGGAGAGCAAAAAAGAAUAUGAGAGAGAAUUACUGGCUGAAAUCUCCACCCUGAGGCAGGUCUCAAAGGACUCCAGAGACCAAGUCCAGAAGCUUGAGGCUGAUUUGGCUGCCAUGACAACAGAGCUGAAGAAGAAGGAAGACUUUGCAUCAGAGCUGCAGAAAUUUAGUGAUAAGGACCUGGUCCAGGAGAUCACUAAGCUGCGGCGUUCAUUAGACGAUGCAGAGAGACUUAGUCUGGAGACCAAGAGAGACUGGGCCUUUCUACGCAGUGAGAACCUUUCCCUCAAAGAGAGAGAUGAAACCUUGACGGCGGACUAUGAGCGAAUGCAGUCUGAACUAAAAGCCUUGCAGAGCCAGCUGGAAAAAGAGAAGUCCCACUUUAAGAAAAUGCAGGCUGAUUUACAAAAGGAACUGCUUGAUGCUUUUGAUGAGAACACUAAACUGACUGCUCUCCUGGAUGGAAAGGUCCCUAAAAAUCUUGUGGACAGCGUUACACUGGAGAAAACAGUGGCUGACCUGAAGAAAGAACUUAAGAGAAGCCAAGAGAGAGAAAUGGCCGUUCAGAGUAAAAUAGAGGAUUUGAAAUCUUUGGAGCAUCUCCCUGACAAAGUGAAUGAGUUGACGAAACAGGUUUGUGAGCUCACAGGUGAACUAUGCUCUGUUCAUAAAGAGAGGGAAGAACUGGUUUCCACUCAGGCUGAUUCUGAUGAGAAAGUUCGGGAACUCCAAGAGGAAAUUCAGAGAGCCCAAGAGCAACUUGUUGAACUAAGGAAUAAUUUGAGCAUUGCAGAACAAAAGGAGGGCUGUCUGAAUCAACAGCAAACAGAAACCUCUGAACAGCUGGCAAAACUCCAGGCCGACUUGGAGCACUGCUCUGCUGAAAAUACCCGACUGCUUGAUUCUUUGGACCAGGCAAACCUCAAGUCAACGCAGCUGGUUGAGGAGCUUGAAGUUCUUCGUGACGAGAGAGAUCAGCUCCUGUCUGAGAGGUCAGAGGGUGCUCUGAACCAGAACGAAGAGCUGCAGAAGCUUCACUCCAAUGUCACGUCGCUCACCGAAGAGAGGGACCAGCUACAGGAAAUACUGCAGGCACUGAGAGAGGAGAGAAACCAGUUGAAGACAGACCUGGAGGAGAACAUAGAGAUGAUGAUUGAAAAUCAAGACGAGUUGAGAGGUGCUCUUGAGAAGAUAAAAGAGCAACAGGACAAAAUACAGAGCCUGGAGAAAGAAAAAGCUCUGCUUGACACUAAACUUAGUAGCCAUGAAGAUGACAUUCCUCAAAAGGAGCUGCAAGCUCAGAUGAAGCAGUUGCUUGAGGAGCUUCAGUGUGUUCGUGAUGAGAGGGACCAACUUUUGUCUGAGAAGGACAAACACUCACUGGAUAAGACUGAAGAGUUGGAGAGAAUGUGUUCAAACAUCACCUCUCUUACUGAGGAGAGAGACCAGCUCCAGGAAAUGCUUCAGGGACUGAGGGAAGAGAGAAGUCAGCUUAAGAGAGAUCUGGAGGAGAACAUGGAGAUGCUUGGACAGGUCCAGUCGGAAUUGAAACAGCAAGAUUUCAGCUGUGAGCAGCAGGCUCAACUUCAGACACAGCUGCUUGACGGAGAGCUGGAGGCAUUGCGAGAAGAGAAUAUCCAACUGAGGGAAGACCUUCAGAAGAGAGCUGACAUGAUUAUAGAGACUGAAAGCCAGCUUCACUCCAUUCAAGAAGAGCUCAGACAACAACACAAAUUAAACUGUGACCUAAAAACUGAAAGCACAUCGAGGGAAUCACAGCUAGAACAGCAGGUGAAGCAGUUGAACGAAGAGCUCGAGUUGGUUCGGUCAGAAAGAGACCAGCUGCAGUCUGAGGAUAAGGGCUCCACUAGGAGUGACAUGGCCGAGAUGGAGAAGCUUCUCUCCACCAUCACUUCACUGACUGAGGAAAGAGACCAGCUCCAGGAGAUUCUCCAAGCAGUGAGAGAGGAGAAGAACCAGCUGAAGACAGAUCUGGAGGAGAACAUAGAGAUGAACAUAGAGGUCCAAGCAGAACUGAAGCAGCAGCAACAGGAGAACUCGGAGCAGCAGACUCAAGCUCACCAUCAGAUACAGCAGCUGGAGCGAGAGCUGGAAACACUGCGUGAGGAAAAGAGCCAGCUGAGCACCGACCUUCAGGAAAAGGUUGAGAUGAUGAGGCAGUUAAAUGAGGAGCUCCAAGCAGUUCGUUCAAAGAUGGACCAGUCGCCCUCUGAUACCACAGAUUGCAGUAGGAGUGACAGUGUGGAGGUGGAGAAACUUCUCUCCAGCAUCGCCUCUCUGACCGAAGAGAGAGACCAGCUGCAGGAGAUACUGCAGGCAGUGAGAGAGGAGAAGAACCAGUUGAAGACAGACCUGGAGGAGAACAUAGAGAUGGCCGUACAGAUCCAGGCAGAAUUGAAACAGCAGCAGCAGCUUGUCUCAGAGAAGCAGACUCUUGAGGAGCAAACUCAACUUUCAGUGCAGCAGCUCACACUGGAGGUGGAAGCCCUGCAGAAUGAGAGGAGUCAAUUGAGAACUGAACUUGAUGACAAAACACAAAAGAUGACACAGCUGAAGGAAGAGCUUGAGCUGGUUCAAUCAGAAAGCGAUCAGCUCAACUCUAAAAAUAACGACUGCACCAACAGCGACACAACGGAGAUGGAAAAGCUACUCUCCACCAUCACCUCCCUGACUGAGGAGAGAGACCAAAUCCAGGAGAUCCUGCAGGCAGUGAGAGAGGAGAGGAACCAGCUAAAGAAAGACUUGGAGGAGAAUGUAGAGAUGGUCAUCGAAGUACAGGGAGAGCUAAGGCAGCAACAGGCUCUGAACUCAGAACUACAGAGUCGCAGAGAGGAAACUGAAGACCAACUUCAACAGAUUCAGAUGCUGAGGGAGGAACUGGAAGCAGUGAAAGAGGACAGGACUCAGCUGAAGAGGGAGCUCCAGGGCAAUGCUGAGACGCUGAAAGUAAACCAAGACUUGCUCAGUACCAUCCAAGAGGAGCUCAAGCAGCAGCAACAGGAAAACUCUGAGCUUAAGACACAGAGUGCUGCAAAGGAGUCCCAUCUAGAACAGCAGAUGGGUCAGUUGAGUGAGGAAGUUUUGACUUUGAGAAACGAGAGAGAUCGUCUCCUGCUUGAAAAAAGCAGCGAUCAGAACCUGAGCACAGAACUGCAGAGGCUACAGUCAACACUCACUUCUCUAACAGAGGAGAAGAAGCAGAUCGAGCAGACAUUAGAGGAUGUGAGAAAUGUUGGACUGCAGUGGAAGAGUGAUCUUCAGCAGAGUGUGGAAACGAGAGAACUUUUGAACAAGGAGCUUGAGUCUCUCCGUGAUGAAAAAUCUCAAGCCGCCCUGACUAACUCUGAAAAACUGGAGGAGCUUCAGUCAAAUGUGACUUCUCUAACUGAGCAGAAAGACCAGCUCUGGGAAAUUCUGCAGGGAGAGAGAGAGCAGAGGAACCAGCUGAAGAAAGAGCUGGACGAGAACAUGAAGAAGCUGAAGCAGCUAGGAGAGAGAGUACAAGAUCUGGAGAUGGAGAAGCUGCGUCUCUUAUCAGAGGCUGACACCAUGCGUCAGUCUCUUGUUGAAGCCAGCACGACUAUCUCCAUGUUAAAGGAUCAGAUCACUGUCGCAGCCAAUCAGAGAGGAGCUCAGAUGGUCUCUGAGCUCGAAAGCACUAAUAAGAGUCUUCAGACGUCCUUCUUGAAAUUCCAGAUGUUUAUUGAUAAUCCCACACUAAGAAACUCAUAUAAAGACAUGCUGUCCAGAGAAUGGCCCUUGGCGGAGCUCCUGGCUUUUGUUCCUAAAGCUCAGAGAAUGCUGUAUGUUAAUUUCCAGAAGAAGACAAAUGAACUGUCAGAUGCUCUGCAGAAGACUGAGUACACCUUGAGGAAACUUGCCCAGUGCCAUAAGAGCCUUUUCGAGGCCCAGGUCCAGCGAGAUGUAGAGUCUUUUGAGGAGAAGAGGUUACAGGACCUGCUGAUCCACAGAGCUCAGGAUCCUAGUCAACCCCUCAUGUUGUUCCAAGACUGCUUCCAACAUGUUUGGGACCAGGGAAUGACAGAGUUGUUGGAAAAGCGCAAACAAUAUCUUCAGAAAAUGAACAGAGUUUUGGAAGGCCUUGAAGAUGACUUAACCAAGCACACGAUCACAGUCUCUGUGGAGCGUCGGGAACAGGAGCGGCUGAUGGAGGAGUUCAGAGUUCUGAGCAGAUCUCAGGACUCUGCAGCCGUGCUCCAGUUCUUUGAGAAGGAGCUGGUGCGACGCUCCAUUGCCACCGUUCACCAGAGACAAGUGUUUGAACGUCUGAGAGAUGAAUACGGGAGCUGUUUCAGCGUUCUGGACUCGUGCACGGCUGAGUCCAGACACAGACUGAAGGAGCAGCGCAGCGAGAGUCUGGCCCUCCUGCGGACACAGGAGGGAGCAUCACCAAAGACCCAAGCAGACCUCCUGCAGGAUAACCACAGACUCGGCCUCCAACUCCAGCAGGCCCAGAGAGACAGACAGGUCACUCAGCAGAAACUGGAGGACCUGCAGGAGCAGGCUGGGCUUUCCAAACAGAAGGAGGAUGCAGGACUCAAGCAACUUCAGUCUCAGCUGAGAGAGAAGGAGGACAUCAUCCAGAACCUACAAGAGAAACUUAGAGAGACUGAAGCUCUGGCAAAGAGAAAAGCAGCUCCCAGUGCUGUAGAACUGGAAACCCUGAAAGAUAAACUGGUCAAAAUGGAGCUGGAUAACAUCGCACUGUCGACCAGUCAUCAAAAUGAAAUCACACAGAUGAGGUCAGUGUUGGAGCACAGGGAGGAAGUCAUCCGCAAACUGAAAGAAACACUAAGGAAAGCACAACAGGACGAGCACUCGUUCUUGGAAGGUGAGGACUUUAGUUUUAAAGCCGUGACACAGAGCAGGGGGCAUACCGGGAUAAAGGAGAAGAGAAUUGAGGAGGAAGUCAAAGAGCUGCAAAAGAAGAACGCUAAGUUUGAGAGUCUUGUCUCCAGCCAACAGCAGGAGAUUGCCAAGUGGAAGCACAGGGCCUAUAAGCUGAGAGAGUGCAGGAAGGACCUGAAAGAGACGCCUCAGUCCCCACGAACCCCAACCAAACGCCCCAAUCCACUGCUGGAAAGUGAAGUCAACUCUCCCAAGAAAGGCUUCCUGGACUCACCCAAAAGCAAAUUCUUUGAUGUCCGCUCUGGCGCCGACUCCAUGUCCAUAAAGUGCCCCAAGCAGUUCUUUGACAACUCAAGCCUCGGAACGAUGCCAGAGGUUUCAUGUGCACCCCUUGAACCAGCUACGGAGUCUUCUGAAAGUGACCAAGAGGAGGCCAGCUCUCGAGGGGAGAAGAAAGACGACGAUUGGUUUAAAUCCGUCCUGUCACCGCGGGAGGCAAACGCAUGCCCAACACAGUAG